UGUACUGUACCAGUGGGCAGUGACACAUACGGUCAUAGUUUAUUGUCAAUUUUUAAUUUUUACUCAAUUUUUAAUUUUUUGGUUCACAUUAAUUUAUACCUCACAUACGGUCAUUAUGCUUUCACAAGAUCCGUCCUUGAAUAUCUGACCUUUUUUCACAAAACCAACAAAAAAUACUCUAGAAAUAGAAUCAAAUAUUCAUCAUCAACACAUAAUUUUAUUCUUUUUCUCUUUUUUCUUUUCAUCAUUUGAUAUUUUCAUGCCAUUUUCCAUUUUUACAAAUUACCCAUCUUUCUCUUCUUAUAAUGGAGUCUCUUUCACUCCAAUCUUUUCACAUAAAUGGCUUAAAUUAUCGCUCUAAAUUGAAUUUUCCAAGCAACCCAUCAGAAUUUAGAGCAAUUAAUCAACUGGGUUUUGAUUAUUUUUGGAGACAAAGGUGUAAAAGAUUGUCUUUUUCAGUUAAAUGUCAAUCAUAUUCUGGGAAAAAUGAAGGUGGGGUUUCAAGUUCUAAAGAUGGUUCUUAUUCUGCAAUUGAAGACCAACAAGAAGGAGAUGAAGGGCAUUUAGGUCAUUUGAUUGGUCCUGUGAAAGAUGCUUCUGGUGCCAUUGUUAGUUUUAACUUGUAUUCUCAAUCUGCGAACACGGACACUAGUAAGUCAAACGUUAAUGCAGUUCUGGACCUGGAUAAACAGGAUGAAGAGCAGGGAGAUUACGGCAUUAAAGAAGAUUUGUGGAAAGUUAGGGAAGCAACUGACAGUGAAGGAGAGGAGAAAAUUUCUUCUGGAUUACCGUCUAGCUUUGUUUUUGAACAAGGAGUAAGAAAGGAAAUUUUGGCUGAAGACUUACUGGAAGAAACUGUUGUUGAGGGAGAGGAGAAAACUUCAGUCAAAGUAAAGUUAAGUAUUGUCUUUGUUACUGCAGAAGCCGCACCAUAUUCCAAGACUGGGGGUUUAGGUGAUGUUUGUGGUUCUUUGCCUAUAGCUCUAGCUGAGCGUGGGCAUCGUGUAAUGGUAAUUGCUCCCCGUUACAUACAUGGUACUGCUGCAGAUAAGGUUUAUGCUGGCGCAUUUGAUGCUGACUGCCGCAUCAAGGUCAAUUGUUUUGGAGGGGAACAAGAAGUCGCCUUUUUCCACCAAUAUAGGGAUGGUGUUGAUUGGGUCUUUGUCGAUCAUCCUUCAUAUCAUCGACCUGGAAACCCAUACGGUGACAGCUUUGGUGCCUUUGGUGAUAAUCAGUUUCGGUUCACCUUACUUUGUCAUGCAGCAUGUGAAGCUCCUCUUGUCCUUCCACUAGGAGGGUACACCUAUGGGGAAAAAUGCUUGUUCCUUGUUAAUGAUUGGCAUGCAGGUCUUGUACCAGUACUUCUUGCAGCUAAAUACCGUCCUUAUGGAGUUUACAAGGAUGCACGGAGCAUACUUGUUAUACACAACCUUUCUCAUCAAGGUGUGGAGCCUGCAGUAACAUACGAUAAUUUAGGAAUUCCUCCACAGUGGUAUGGAGCACUAGAAUGGGUGUUCCCCGAGUGGGCAAGAGCACAUGAACUUGACAAAGGUGAAGCAGUCAAUAUUUUAAAGGGAGCCAUUGUGACAGCUGAUAGAAUACUUACUGUUAGCCAGGGAUAUUCGUGGGAAAUAACAACUGUGGAGGGUGGCUAUGGUUUGCAUGAAUUACUUACCAGCAGGAAAUUCGUGUUAAAUGGGAUUAUAAAUGGGAUCAAUACUUCUGAGUGGGACCCAUCUAAUGAUGCACAUAUUGCAGCACCCUACUCAAUUGAUGAUCUCUCUGGAAAGGCUCAAUGCAAGGCUGCCUUACAGAAGGAGCUUGGUCUUCCUCUCAAACCUGAUUGCCCAUUGAUUGGUUUUAUCGGAAGGCUAGACUACCAGAAAGGUAUCGAUAUAAUUCAGGCAGCAAUUCCAGAGCUGAUGGGAGAUGACGUGCAAUUUGUUAUGUUAGGGACAGGUAAUUCCAAGUACGAAACAUGGAUGAGAGCAACAGAGGUGACAUACAAAGAUAAGUUUCGUGGCUGGGUUGGAUUCAGUGUCCCAAUUUCUCAUCGAAUAACUGCAGGUUGUGACAUCCUUUUGAUGCCAUCAAGAUUUGAACCAUGUGGACUAAAUCAGCUUUAUGCAAUGAGAUAUGGAACUAUACCAGUAGUUCACUCCACGGGAGGGCUUCGAGAUACUGUUGAAACUUACAAUCCUUUUGCUGUUGGGACCGAUGAUAGUGGUACUGGUACCGGGUGGGGAUUUGCUCCAUUGGAAAAGGAUAGUAUGUUGUUGGCCCUGAGGAACGCUCUGAAAACGUACAGGGAAUACAAGGGUUCAUGGUUGGGGUUGAUGAAGAGAGGCAUGCAACAGGACUUCACAUGGGACAGUGCUGCUGCCCAUUACGAGCAGGUGUUUGAAUGGGCACUCACUGAUCCUCCAUACUGUUGAGAUAAGAGAGAAAGCCGAGCAUAUAAAAUUGUUUAAGCAAGAGCGGAGCAUGGAAGCUUGCUGCCAAUGGUACCAAUAAGUAUAAACAAACUUCAGAAUCUCUCUAGUUGGUUUGCUGAUGAAUUGAAGCAAUCCCAUCUACUACCAAUCGAGUCAGCAGCACAGAAUCGGCUUUCUUUCUUCUUUUCAACUCCGUAUCAUUUUUGUAGGUUGGUUAUUAGCAAGUCCCCUCAUCUCCCGAUCUUGUAAUUAGUAAGCAGCCACACUCUAUGCUCUUUGUACGUAGCGAGAAUUUCUCUUGUAAAGUAGUACUAAUAGAUAAAUUAAUUUUCCAAGAUAAAGAGAAUAAUAAUGAUGUGGAGAAAAUCUAUAAUUAAAUUAAACAGAACAUAUACAGCUCCAUUAAUUGGUCCCAAAUUAAAAAGAAAUGAAAGUGAUGUUCAGUUCUUUAAUAGAGAAGUAUAAAGUUUUCGUGUUUUGAAUA